ACGCAAUCGCAGCCCUAGGCCUGGGUGCUGGGCCAGGAUAGCACAAUCAUAUACUUGAACACAUUCUGCACAGCUUAGCGACCCGAAUUUUCUGCAUCUCUCUUUCAAUGGGCGGAUUCGAACAUAAUAAACACACGAUCAGUUUCGUUUGCCGCAGAACACGAGGUUUGGGUAAACGCUCCAUAGUCGUACUCCAGGUCUUGAAUCUCUCCCAAAAGCCCCUCUUUAGGCUCUUACUGCUGCCGAGGGCAAGCUUCUAGCUUGCCUCUUCGGAGACAAGGACGUCUGGCACAAGUCUGGGGGAGAUACCCUGUUUAUCAUUUUGUAUCAGCGAGUGUUUGGACUGUGACGGCUCGCCCUGUCGCAUGUCGCAUGGUGUUUGCCGCUCACGCUCUCUGAACUCGAUCCUAUGCUACGUGUUAUUGGUGAACGAAUGUUGCGCAUCCGUGCUCGGUGAAGGAAGGACAUCCGCACUUCACUAUCCGGCCAGUCUGUUUUCUGCAACUUUACUCAAGCAGGCACGUCCUCGCGACUAAUGAUAUGGAAACAUUACCGCCACGCACAGCCAGACGUAGGCCGCAGUCACUCCAUGGCCAUGCCAGCGGUCAGUAUCGUGAACGUACCAAUUCUGAUCCCAGACUGGUGAUGCAAACAAGCCCUCACAAGGAUCCGUUCACCGUGCACCAACGAGGGUCAUGCCGGCGAGUCCAUAAUAGUGAAGAACCUCCGCUUGUUUCCAGCAGUCCUGUUCCACCGCCGAGAAGUGCUGUGUCUCUCAGCAGCACAGAUUUGGACAAGACGAAUGGCGUUGGCCCGAUGAAUCAUCCAGUGUCAACACAGAAGCAGGCCACCCUGGAUACACCUGCACACCGCAUGACCCGAUCUGCCAGCUAUGGACAUCAGCCACGGUCACACAGUCGAGAGGAGCCCCGCCAUGAGCCAGUAGUUCAUCGACAACCGCAUCACAGUGCUGGAAAUGUGAUUGUAUCUUCUCGCAUGACCAGGUCGAUCAGUAUGAGUAGUGGUCCAAGCUCACGGCUAUCGGGUCAGGACAUGAACCGCUACGGCACUAUGCCGGCCGCGGUGGACACAAGACCACCGUACGGUUCCGGGGAUUCGGACCUGCUCGAUGAAGCCGAUCCUGGGGCAUAUUUGGACUUUCAACCUGACGCUGAUAAAAUGUCCAGUACAGGCAGCAUAAACCGUAAGCCAAGUUCAACCAGCUCGGGCUGCAGCUCCAGCCCGCGGAUGUUGAAUCGCGACGGGUCCUAUCCCGGACUGGUGGCACCCAGACCAGAGCCAAGACAGCACCAUCUCAGCUCAAUAGACUCGGGCGUGGUGGAUGCACCUUGGCAUCAAGGACAUAGUCAGAGACUAGCCACGGGCUCAGGCAGCUCCCAGCCUCUGCCCGACACAAAGCUGAGUCAGAACCUGGAUGAGGAGGAUGAGGAUUGCGAGGACGCGUUUGACCUCGCUCCAAAUGCGGUCUUCUCGCCACGCCCCGGCAACAAGCCAGUGCCGAGCACCGCGACCAGACAGACAUUUGAAAACGGUGGACGUCCUCACUACAGACCUCUGGACUCGGACCCAAGCAGUGGCAGCACUCGCAAUCCGGCGUACGUGAGUGCCAGAGGGAUCACGAUGGAUAAUUCAGAACGACGAGGUCUCGCCCGACCAGUCACCGCCGGUGUCAUUCUGCAGGACUCGUCGACGCAAAUCAGCAGAGAUUCCAAGUACAGCAACCCAAAGGAAUGGGCUAACGAAUGUUUACAGGAUUUUGAUGAUGAAGAAAAGGAAGAAGAGGCGGAAGAGGUGAAGGAAGCGUUGGGAGCUGAAUGGCAUGAAGAAGGGAGAGGUCACACAUCACCAGCUUGGGAUGACGGCAGACCAAGUCUUUUACAUGAUGAAGAUUCCGGCCAAUCACCAAGGGAGCAUUUGAUUCUGGAGUUCAUUCGUUCAGAGGAGGAAUACGCACACGACUUGCAACGCUGUGUUAAUGAGUACUUAGAGCCACUUGAAUCCACAGAAUUUGUUAUGACGGAGAUUCUCUUCGGCAAUAUUGAGAACCUUCUCGAAGUUGCGCAAACGCUGCUGAGGCAACUGCGGAGGAGUACGCAGCAUGGCACAGGUGAGGACUGGUGUAUUGGCAACUGCUUCACGGACAUGCACCGGAACCUUGCCAUCGCUUACCAGAUGUACUGCAGCAACUACAGCGAGGCCUGCAAACUACUGUGUGAGCUGCACUUCAAUCCAGACUUUCAUGACGCAUUGCUGAGGCUGAAUGAUGAACAAAGUGAUGAUGGCAGAAGACAGCAGCACCAGCAUCAGCGGAGUGCAAGAGACCUGCGGAGAAGCUUGGCACUGCCCACGCUCCAUUUGCUGAUGUACCCGAUGAAGUUGCAAGAACUGUAUGAGUUCACACCCAAGACUCACCCAGAUCGCAGGGUGCUGAGGGAAGCCAUUGUGUUCCUCGAGGACAUGUCCUUUGUAAUAACAAGCAUCAAGAGAAGGAAGGCACUGCGUGAUGGGGACGAUGUCGGAGUGGACAGUGUAUGCUCUAAAGAAUUCGAGCGGGUACUGGAUAACUAUGUAGCAUCACUGAGCAGCCCACCGACUGACAAGACACCCGCCGGAUCUCAGCGUUCAUCCACUAUAGGACGGCAGGCUAGCCAGCAUGCAUUCAGCUCUCCACAGAGAGGGCUUUCCGAUGUGAGGGAGGAGAGACUGAAGGGCAUGGAGAAUGAUGUUCCACCUCCGACAGCACCCCGCAUCACGGGCGGCGACCGGUUCCCACCACUGCCCGUGCGCCAAGAACGCCCAAUGUUUGCAGACGACGGCGUUGAAGAAGUGGAGCCGGAGAUGCAUGAAGACCCAUCUGCAUGGUUCAACUAGAUGUGCUACGAUCUAAGAAGGACAAGUAGACUGAGUUGAGGAUGGCGUGGUGACUUGUAUUCUCUGUGAGCUGUAUGCUACUAAGCUGUAUACUGUAAAUUUACAAAAUUUCGGCCCUGCAAAAUUUCAGCACUUGAGGAUUUGUGACAUUUCGGCGGCGAUUUAUUUUCGGCAUGGGGUAGAGGGCAUGGUAUAGUGCGACAGAUGCUGGGAAAAAUUUCAUCGGCGUUUUAAUUUAGGCGUUUUGGGUCGGUGCCGAAUAUAGCCGAAAUUAAAUAGCUGCCGAAAAUUUGUAUAUUUACAGUAUUUGUCCACGCCGGCCUUCACUUUUUGUAAACGUGUGAAAGUGAACGUGCAAGCAAGUUUCACAAUUCACACUGUUUACUUUGAAGUACUUCAGUAGAUGUAAUGCUUCUUGUAAUGCAGGCAGUUUGGGCGCACAAAGCCAAUCACAUUUUUCACUCUAAAACUUUUCAUGUGAGUGGUAUUUUAGAGUUUAUUUUUAUUUUUUAUUUCUUGCCUUAUCUCCCAGGUAGAUACUGCUGACUUGAUCAACUGCAUCUUCAGAAUAUUAACUCUAUCUAAACCUUGCAUUUCUAGCCCACACGCUCAGGCUAUACAUUUGAACGGCUGUGACCUGGAGUGCAAUGGCUACACUAUUGUGAACAGAAAAGUUACAUUUACUUCAGUAGGCUAGGAUUUGUAGAUAAUAUUCACUGGUUUGAGGGGAAGACGCAACAAGUGCUCGUUAAUCUGCUAUUGUUGUGUUUAUUGUUUUUCUUCUAUAAAAAGCUAUUUACAUUGCUUGCGCUGCUAUCGCUGCUGCUUUUUUGCCAUUUUGCUUAAAUACAGGUUUCACUCACUGUG